GCCAACAUAACCUUUAAAUUAUAAAAGGGGUAUAAUUCAAAAUGCCACCUCCAUUGCCAGCAAACCUAAACCAACCUCAAAAUGUACAACAAUUAUCAGCAAGUGGCGCCCAACAAAGUGGCCCACAAACAAGUCAAUUUCAUCAACAACAUGUUGCAGCGUUAGCACAACACCAUCAUCAGAAUGUUGGGGCUGGAAGUAGUACUGGUGCCCUAGGUGUAUCGGGAAGUGGGGGCAUACAACAAAUUACGGCCAGUAGUUCCUCAAUUCAGUCCGGUUCAAAUAUAAUCGGUGGUAUAAAUGUUUUACCACCAGGAGUUCAACAGCAGCAUCUUAAUGUUGCACAAAAGUUACAUGCUCAACAUCUUCAGCAGCAGCAACUCCAACAGCAACAUCAACAACAGCAACACCAGCAAAGUAUAAAUACAGCUUCGGCAGCGGGACUGGUGAUGUCAUCUGGCGGUGGUAUACCGUCUGAUACAUUGUUGACUACAGAAAUUAAUAAAUUUCGAAGUUAUGUUGUAAUGUUAGCUGAUCAUACAUCGAAAGAUGAUUCGAAAUUAAAAGCUGCUCAAGAACUGAAUGAAAGUUUUGAGAUAAUUUUACAAGCACCAGAUUAUCCAAAAUUUCUUGAUCAUUGUAUCAAAAAUUUCUUGAAAAUAUUAUCAGAAGGUGAACCAUUAUUUAUCAGUGAAUAUAACAUUCAACAGAUGAGAAAACUCUUAUUGGAAAUGAUACAUCGUUUUCCAACAAAUCAAGAUUUAAAACCACAUUUACCUGCCAUUUUAACAACAGUGUUACGUUUAUUAAACGUAGAAAAUGAGGAAAAUACGUUAGUAUGUUUACGUAUUAUCAUAGAAUUACAUAAAAUGUUUCGUCCACCGUAUAAUACGGAAACACAAAAAUUUUUACAAUAUGUUAAAUCAAUUUAUGCGGAACUACCAAAUCAUUUAAAUCGUAUUUUUGAACCACGUUCAACACUCAAAGUUAAGGAUUUAUCUGCGAUUAAUAUUGAGCAACAAUUAAAGGAUACGUUUACGUUAACGAUUAUACAAAGUGAAAUGAAGUCACAAGAUGGAACUUAUAAUUUGAUACCAAAAGGUACGAUGUCCUUAAAAGUAUUACAAGAAUUGCCGAUUAUAGUGGUUUUAUUUUUCCAAAUUUACAAGGAAAACGUUAAACAAGAUAUUCGAGAAUAUAUCACGUUAAUCAUGAAUACGAUUACGCUACAACCAAGCUUAGAACAAAGAAAAUCACCAUCUUUUAACAAAGAAGUAUUUGUUGAUUUUAUGGGUGCCCAAAUCAAAACUUUAAGUUUUAUUGCGUAUAUAAUACGAUCACAUCACGAAGAUGUUGCUGCCCAUUCUCAACAAAUGGUCCAUGGUAUCUUGGGUUUGUUGGAGCUUUGCCCACAAGAAGUUUGUCAUUUACGGAAGGAAUUAUUAAUUGCGAUCAGACAUAUUGUUGCAACCGAUUUAAAAAAAAAAUUUGUGCCACAUAUGGAACGAUUAUUUGAUGAAAAUAUUUUAUUGGGUAACGGAUGGACCGUACGUGAUACAUUACGUCCGUUAGCAUAUUCAACGCUGGCUGAUUUAGUACAUCAUGUCAGACAAGAUUUACCGUUAACGGAUUUAGCUCGAGCUGUGCAUCUGUUUGGUAAAAUCGUUCAUGAUCCUACAUUGAAUACAACAAUACAAACAAUGUCCUGUAAAUUAUUAUUAAAUUUAGUUGAUUGCAUUAAAAAUCAAUCAAAAGGUGAAAAAAAUGCUGUACAAUGUCGUGAAUUAUUAAUGCGGAUGCUUGAAAUAUUUGUAUUAAAAUUUAAAACGUUUGCGAAGCUACAAUUACCAAUUUUAAUCAAUAAAAGCAAACCAUUAAUGCAACAAAACUUGCAAAGCCAAGUUAGCGUAAAUAAUAUGACAGCCUAUCAACAACAACAAUUACAACAGCAACAACAAUCUCAGCAAUCUCAACAGUCAGAAAUAAAACAAGAGCCAGGUACAAACAAUGUUGACAUUAAACAAGAACCAGGUCAAGGAACAGCUCGUUUAGCAUCAACUUUAACAGCAUCGGCGACUGGAAAUGUACCACCUCCAAUUCAACAAGAGGCACAAGAAAAAUCAAAAUUCGGAUUCCCUCAACAACAAAUGUCGUAUAAUGUGGCUGAUUAUAGAAAUUUAGUAAAAACUUUGGUUUGUGGUGUUAAAACAAUCACCUGGGGAUGUUCAAGUAUUAAUAUAAACGAGCUGCCAAACGGCGAACAAGGUAAAGAUACUCUUGUCUUUAUUCGAUUGGUAAAAUGGGCGAUGAAAGCUUUGGAUAUAUAUCAAGUACAAUUGCCAAAUGUUGGUGUGCUAGCACAAUUUCAAGGUCGACAAAUGCAUAAUCGUAUGAUGUCUGGUCCAAAUCAAAAUGUUCGUACACAAGAGGAGAAAGAAGUUUUAGAACAUUUUAGUGGCGUUUUUUCAUUAAUGUCAACAAGUGUAUUUCGUGACGUGUUUUCCACCUGCAUAUCUUACAUGGUUGAACGUAUUCAUCAAAAUGUAGCACUCCAAACUAUUGCUAACACAUUUUUAGCUAAUCCUCCAACAAGUAGUGUAUUUGCCACAGUUCUGGUAGAAUAUUUACUCGAACGUAUGAACGAAAUGGGUUCACCUAUUGAUCGUUCGAACUUAUAUUUACGUUUGUUUAAAGUUUUAUUCGGUAGUGUUACUUUGUUCAAAGAGAAUGAACUCAUGCUAAAACCACAUUUACAUCAAAUUGUUAAUCGAUCCAUGGAACUUUCAACGAAUGCGAAAGAACCUUACAAUUAUUUUCUACUUUUACGUGCACUGUUUCGAUCAAUUGGUGGUGGGAGUCAUGAUUUAUUGUAUGAGGUUUUCUUACCGCUGUUACCAAAUUUACUAGAAGGGCUAAAUCGACUACAAAGUGGCCUUCAUAAACCACACAUGAAAGAUUUAUUUGUUGAAUUAUGUCUAACAGUUCCAGUCCGUUUAAGCUCUUUACUUCCAUAUUUACCAAUGUUGAUGGAUCCGUUGGUAUCAGCGCUGAAUGGAUCACAUACAUUAGUUAGUCAAGGUCUCCGUACAUUGGAAUUGUGUGUGGAUAAUUUACAGCCGGAAUUUUUGUACGAACAUAUCCAGCCGGUACGAGCUGAUUUAAUGCAAGCUUUAUGGCGUACACUGCGUAAUCCCGAUCAAGUGGCACAUGUUGCUUUUAGAGUGUUAGGUAAAUUUGGUGGGGGUAACCGUAAAAUGAUGAUUGAACCACAACGAUUGGAAUAUAACGAUCGUGAGAAUCCUGGACCGGCUAUUGUUGUUGAAUUUCAAGAUCAUGAACGGUCUAUUGAAUUCCCUGUUGAAAAGAUAAUCGAAACAGCUGUAAAUGCAUUAAAAUCCAGCACAACUGAUUCAUUUUACCAUAAACAAUGUUGGGAAGUGAUUCGAUGUUAUUUAGCGGCAAGCUUAAACUUAACAGAUCGUAAACAUACAAUGCUAGGAUUAUUCCUAUAUCCAAGUUUUGUUAACGAUCCCAUUGAUCAAACCACAAAUCCAAUUCCAUUAUAUAAGUGUCCUGAUCGAGUUGCGCGUAAAACACAUUUAACAGCCUUGACAGGAAUGUUUGUGGCAGCUGCUAUCAAAGAACUACGCCAAGAUGUUCAACCUCGAAUGGUAUCAUUAGUGACACAUUACACAAUGGUCGCUAUCGCUCAACAAGCGGGGCCAGCUCCAAUCAAAGGAAAAGUUACACCUUCAACAUUUUUAGAUCCACUAGUGUUAAUAGAUGCCCUUGCUGUAAUUAUGGCACACGAAGAGAAAGAACUAUGUAAACCUGGGUACUUGGCAUUAGGAUUGAUCCUUGAUACCGCUACAAAUAUAUUGGGAUCAAAGGAAAAAGCAUGUCAAUUACCCUUAAUGGAUUAUUUAAAAGAUCGUAUGUGUGCACUUUGCUACGAGCGUGCAUGGUACUCAAAAUUGGGCGGUUGUAUUGCAAUAAAAUUUUUAUUUGAACGUAUGUCCACUCGUUGGGUGUAUCAACAUUUGUAUACUUUCCUAAAAGCCUUAAUGUUUGUGAUGAUGGAUUUAACGGGGGAAGUCUCUAGUGGUGCUUUGGAUAUGGCGAAAUCUAAUUUACGAAAAAUGUUAACAAUAUGUAUAGCACCAGUUGAUCCAAAAAUUGUCACGUCAGAGCUGUUAACAGCCAGGGAGAAAGCGUUAUAUGAUGUUACAAGUGAGUUGUUGGGUUUGGUGACAAGUCCACAUACUUUGGUCCGUGAACAAGCUAUGUAUUGUAUUCGAGUAUUGGCUGGAUGUUGUGGGACAAAAGGAGUUGAUCCACAAUUUAGUUCAAGUAUUUUGGCGCCACAUAUUGAAGUACUUACUGAUAUUGUUCCACCAACAAAACAUCAGUUAAUUCUACAACCAGCUAACGCACAAAUUGGUUUAAUGGACGGCAACACCUUCUGUAUGAUGUUAACUCCUCGUCUAUUUACAUUCGAUCUAAAGAUUCCCACACAUAAAUCCUUCUUCGACGAGCUACUACUCUUGUUAUGUAAAUCUCAUGACGCCUUAACUAAAUUACAAUGUUAUAAAAAUAUAAGUAAUUUAGUUCUUGUGCGUAAAGCUGCACUUCGUUGCAUUUCAACUUAUCAUCGUUUACCAAAAGACAUAUCUGUGAAAAUUUUUCAAGUUUUAUAUGACGCCCUUGGAUGGGAAAAUAAUGAGCUACAAGAAACCGCUUAUGAGUGUAUGCAUAAAUUUAUAAACGGCUAUCAAAUUGAUAUUGAUUUAGUACGUCAAACAAUGCGUACACUUUUAAUUUCACUCGGCGAUAGUCGUAAUUUAACGUUAAACUUUGUGAAACGUUUAUCAUACCUCACGAAACUAUUCCCAGCAAUAUUUAACGAAAAACUAUGCGAGCAACUGUUACAACAUUUAAAACAAUUUUUAGAUAAUUUAAAAGAUGCGAAAAAAUUAACGAAAAAUGGUGAAAAUGAACAGAAAAUUGCGAUAAUUAUCUUAAUUUUUCAUCGUAUCACAUCGGCAAGUCCGAAAUUUAUUAGCAUCCUCUGUGAGUUAGUUUUGGAAACGGAAAAACAACUUUUAGUUGAAGCGUCAAGUGCUUUUCGGGAACCGUUAAUGAAAUUUUUAUUAAAACAUCCUGGUGAUACAUUGGAACUAUUUUUACAAGAUUAUCGUCUUAAAGAUCAACAAUGGAGUCGUUACUUAAUUUACUUAAUUAAACAUAAUGAUGGAAAAUCGUUUCGUGAUUAUUUACAAAAUUAUUGUGUGCCACGAUUAAUUCAAUUGCUUUUAAUAAUGCAAAAUAAUACGAAUCAGCAGCUAACGCUUCAAGAUAAAUACGAAUUACGACAUCAAUCGAUAAGAAUUAUUUCGCUCUUAAUUAAAUAUGACUCACAAUGGUUAUCGAAACAACCUCAAAUUAUUGAUGGACUCAAACAAAUAUGGUGUGAUGACGCAUAUCAAGAGUUACACACUAAAGUGGACACUGUCGACAUAACUCAUUGGAAACAACCAAAAUUAAUUGUAAAAAUACUACUCCAAUAUUUCCAACAUGAUCCACAACAAAUCGAACUAUUAUUUGAAUUAUUACGGGCAUUUUGUCACCGUUUUAUACCAGAUUUUCAAUUUUUACGAGAUUUCCUAGAAACGUGCGUUGCACAAAACUACACAAUUGAAUGGAAACGUCAAGCAUUCUUUAAAUUUGUCGAAGUUUUCAAAAAUGAUCAAGUUUCACAAGUUUUAAAGUGUCAUGUUGUUCAAUUAAUUUUGAUUCCAUGCUUCUCCGAUAGUGGAACGGAAAAUAUGAAUGCAUUAAUAGCUGGAACCGGAAAUAUUGUUGAUUCUCAACAGCCAAAUGUUGUAACGAUUUUUAUUUAUAAUAUUAUUGAAAAACAAUCGUUUAAUUUAGAAGAUUGUCUUCGAAUUGCACUCUUACAAUUCUCAUGCCUUCUGGUCGAACAAGCUUCACCACAUAUCCACGAUUCUAGUAGCAAUAAACAACAGGGAAAUAAACUCCGAAAAUUAAUGACCUUCGCUUGGCCCUGUUUGCUGGUAAAGAACUGUGUUGACGCUACAACUCGGUAUCAUGGUCAUUUAUUAUUAGCGCAUAUUAUCGAGAAAUUUGCUAUACAUAAAAAAAUUGUUCUUCAAGUAUUUCAUAGCUUAGUAAAAGCCCAUGCUCAAGAAGCAAGAGCUGUGGUGAAACAAGCUUUAGAAAUUUUAACACCAGCAAUGCCGUUCCGUAUGGAAGAUGGCAAUACAAUGUUAAUACAUUGGACGAAGAAAAUUAUUGUUGAAGAAGGUCAUAGUGUCCAACAGCUCUAUCAUAUUUUACAGCUCGUUGUUCGUCAUUAUAAAGUUUAUUACCCGGUGCGUCAUCAUUUGAUACAAUACAUCGUGAAUUCAAUUAACAGACUUGGAUUUAGUCAAACUUCAACAUUGGAACAUAAAAAAUUAGCUGUGGAAUUAGCUGAAGUUAUUGUGAAAUGGGAACUUCAACGAUUGAAAGAUGAUGAAGUCGAUGAUCUCGUACAGCAGGAUAAAAAGAGAGUUGCACUUACUGGACCUAAUCAACAACCGAUACCAGCCUCAACUCAAGCUGGCACUACUACUUCAACAAACAUUUUAAACACACCAGGUCAACCUCCUCAAUCUACCACCCCCUCGCCGAAAAUAGAUGCAGACGCUCGUAAACCUAUCAAAUCCAAGGAUGCAGAUGCUGUAAUUAAUUUCUUACUUCGUUUAGCUUGUCAAGUGAAUGAAUCCACGAAUAGUGCGAUACCAAUUCAACAAGCUGGUGGAGCUGGAACACCCGGUGAAAUGUUAUCAAAACGUUGUGUUACCUUAUUAAAAACUGCCCUUAAACCUGAAUUAUGGCCACAAAAAUGUGAUUUAAAACUUGAUGAAUGGUUUAAUAAAGUUUUCCUUACUGUAGAUGGGCGUGAUCCAAAUUACGCGAAUAUUUCCACUGCAUUAGAACUCUUAAAUUUCCUUCUAAGUGUUAUGAAACAUGAACAAAUUUUAAAUAAUUUUGUACAUUUACAAACAGGACUCAGUGCGUGUUUGUAUACAAAAGAAACAAAAAUUAUUAGUUUAGUCCACAAUUUGUUAUCGAAAUUAGUUUCAAUGUUUCCGGUUGAUUUAUCUGGAGCGAAUUUUGGUUGCCAAUACGAACAAUUACGUGUUUUAUAUUGUAAUGUGGGUACUAUGAUCUCAGAUGGAUUACGUAAUUAUGAAGAAGAUCCAAAACCUGUUCCAUCUUCGUUAUUUGGACCUUUAAUGAUAUUAAAAGCAUGUUGUACCAAAAAUCCUGCCGGUAUAGAUAAAAUAAUCACAGCUUUCAUGAAAGUUUUACAAAAAAUGACUAAAGAACAUUUAAGUUCGACAUCGUCUAAUGAUAAUUCCGGUCCAGAUAAAUUAGCAUCGGAGCUUUUAAUAUUAAGUUUGGACUUAGUAAAAACUCGAGUCGUGGUUAUGAGUGUCGAACAACGGAAAACAUUUAUUGGAACAAUUUUAGUUGGUUUGAUCGAAAAAACUCAAGAUAUUAAAGUUAUGCGUGCGAUUACUCGAAUGUUAGAAGAAUGGAUUAAAUGUCGAAAUUCAAUAACGUUACAACAAGCUCCAAGUUUACGUGAAAAAAGUAUUUUACUCGUGAAAUUAAUGCAGUAUGUUGAAAAACGUUUUCCCGAUGAUAUUGAGCUAAAUACGCAAUUUUUGGAGCUAGUAAAUUAUGUAUAUAGUGAUGAACAUUUAAAAACUACGGAAUUAAGUAUGAAACUUCAACCGGCAUUUAUGAGUGGUUUACGAUGUACCGUUCAACCAGCAAUUCGUGCGAAAUUCUUCCAAGUUUUGGAUGCAUCAAUGCGUAGACGAUUAAUUGAUCGUUUAUUAUACAUUGUAUGCUCCCAAAGUUGGGAUGCAAUUGGACCCCAUUAUUGGUUAAAACAAUGUAUUGAAUUGUUACUAGUCACAGCUGUUUCGAGCAAACCAAUACAGAUGGCACCAAAUAGUUGUUUAUUACCGAGUGUGGAAGCUGUUUUACGAAAUACGGAUUCGAAAGUGAAAGAUAAAGUUUUUGAAUUUAUACAGAAAGAUCCUGUUAUUUGUGCCCAACAACAACAAAGCUUAUCAACAACGGAUACUUCAGGAGGUACGCCGCAAAAAUCGAAACCAGAUCGAAUACAAACAAUUGAACAACAUGUGAAUCAACAAGCAGAUUAUUUAAGUAAAGCUCGAGAAGUUGAAACGGGACAGUUUUUACAAGCUGCGGCACAGUUAUGUCAUAUGGAUACACAACUAGCUGAACGAGUUUGGCUGGAUAUGUUCCCAAGAUUAUGGUCAAUAUUAUAUUCAAAUCAACAUACAAUGCUAAUACCGGAAAUUGUUUCAUUUGUGUCAUCUGGUACGCAUGUCAUUCAAAAAGAUUGUCAUCCGAGCGCUAUGACAACAUUCUUGGAAGCAUUGUCCCAAUGUACACCCACAAUUCCAAUAAAACCAGCAGCGAUGAAAUAUUUAGGUAAAUCGCAUAAUUUAUGGCAUCGUAUGACCUUAAAUUUGGAACAAAUGGCAUUCGAUCAAAAUGCAUCGACGCAAGUGCAAAAACAAAAAAGGGACGCGAAUAUGGAUUGUUAUGACUUCGAAUCGGAUCAGAUUAGUCCACAAGCUGAAAUAAUGGAUUCGUUAAGUGAUAUGUAUGCGUUGUUAAGUGAAGAUGAUAUGUGGUCUGGAUUGUGGCAACGACAUGCGAAAUUCCGUGAAACGAUUAUUGCAAUUUCAUUCGAGCAACAUGGAUUUUUUGAACAAGCACAAGGUGCAUAUGAAGUUGCUAUGAGUCGAUACAAACAAGAUACGAAUGUUAGCCAAAAAGAAGUUUUAUUAUGGGAACAACGUUGGAUUCGUUGUGCCAAAGAAUUAAAUCAAUGGGAUUUGUUACUAGAGUAUGGUGUAUCGAAACAUGAACGAAAUUCAUUUUUAAUAUUGGAAAGUUCAUGGCGUGUACCAAAUUGGACUGCGAUGAAAGAAGCCUUAGCACAAGUGGAGUAUAGUUGUCCGAAAGAAAUGGCAUGGAAAGUGAAUUUAUAUCGUGGUUUUCUUGGUAUUUGCAACACGGAAGAACGCCAUUUACAAGUUGUAGAUCGUUGCGUGGAAUUAGCAUCCGGAUUGUGUAUGCGCGAAUGGAGACGUCUUCCAAAGAUUGUUAGUCAUGCACAUUUACCACUAUUACAAGCUGCGCAACAGAUUAUGGAAUUGCAAGAAGCAGCUGCACAAAUAUAUCAACGAUUAGUUCAACCAUCCCCCGGAUUACGGGAACCAUAUGAUGACAUGAAAGCGAUCGUAAAAACAUGGAAGAACCGUUUACCCGUAAUAUCAGAUGACCUGUCCCAUUGGUCAGACAUAUUCACAUGGCGUCAACAUCACUAUCAAUUUAUUGCAAAAUACUACGAUAACGGAUCCGCGGCUCAAGGUGAAGGUACCAUUUCUACACGUAAUCCCGCCAUGUUGGGAAUCCAUGCAAGCGCUCAAGCCAUCAUACAUUUUGCAAAAAUCGCACGUAAACAUAAUUUAACCGGCGUAUGUUUAGAAUCGUUAUCCCGUAUUUAUACAAUUCCCUUGGUACCUGUUGGUGAUAUUUUCGAAAAGUUCUGUCAACACGUUAAAUGUUAUUUACAAAUGGCGGCUGUAGAUAAUGCAAAAGCAUCACUCGAAGAAGGUUAUAAAGUUGUGGAAACAACGAAUUUAUCAACAUUUACGGAUAUGAUGAAAGCGGAAUAUUAUGCAAUGAAAGGUUUAUUCUUAGCACAACUUGGAAAAUCGGACGAAGCGAAUAAAGCAUUUUCCGCAGCGGUACAAAUUAAUGAUACAGAUGUUAAAGCGUGGGCAUUAUGGGGUGAUUAUUUAGAAGCUUUAUUUACUCGCGAUCGUACAAACAUACAAACUGGUGUAUCGGCAAUCACUUGUUUCUUACAUACAUGUCGUACACACCGGGAAGUUACUCCUGAAUCUAAAUCUCGAAAAUAUUUAGCGAAAGUUUUAUGGUUACUAACUUACGAUGAUGAUAAAUCAAGUUUAAUGGAAGCGCUAGAGAAGUAUAGUAAUGGUGUACCUGCUUUACACUGGCUACCAUGGACUCCUCAAUUAGUUAGUUGUUUGGUACAAUAUCCUGGUGAAGUGAUCUUCAAUUUACUAACACAAGUUGCAAGAGUAUUUCCACAAGCUGUAUAUUUACCAAUGCGUACGCUAUACUUAACGAUUAAAAUUGAACAACGUGUGGGCCAUAAAACUAAAAUGGGUGUUGUUACGACUUCCGCAAGUAGUGGUGAUAACAACACAUCAGCAAAUGCGGCGAAUACAGCUGGUCAAAAUUCUGAUUUGAGUGGUUCAAUUAGGGCGAACCCACCAUUAUUGCGAUGUACAAAUUUGUUACGUAUUGUAAGAGAUAUACAUCCAAUAGUGUUACAAAGUCUUGAAGGUUUUGUGGAAGAGAUGAGUUGGUUUAGAGAAACCUGGUACGAAGAAGUUUUACGCCAGUUACGUCAAUGUUUAGCUAAAUGUUAUGCUGUAGCAUUCGAAAAUCGUUCGAAUGUAAACGAAGCGAAAAUCACACCACAUAUAUCAAAUUUUGUUCAUAAAUUGGUGACAACAUUUGGCACCGGUAUUGAAAAUAUUGCGAAUUCAGCACAUGAAAUUAGUUCGUUAGCAUCAGAGAGUCUAGCAAGACGUAUAAAGGCUACAACAGAAGAUCCAGUGUUUCAAAAAAUCAAAACACAAUUCACUCAAGAUUUUGAUUCGUCACAUUUGACUACCAUGAAAUUACACAAUUUAAUCAAUAAAUUGAAGAAAUGGGUGAAAAUUUUAGAAAGUAAAACGAAAGUUUUACCAAGAUCAUUAUUAAUAGAAGAAAAAUGCCGAUUUUUAUCAAACUUCAGUCUAAAAACCGCUGAAGUAGAAUUACCUGGUGAAUUUUUAUUACCAAAACAUCCACACUACUUCGUUCGAAUCGCACGAUUCAUGCCAAAAGCGGAUAUUGUACAAAAACAUAAUACAGCCGCACGACGUUUAUACAUACGUGGUCAUAAUGGAAAAAUCUACCCAUAUUUGGUCGUAAUCGAUGGUAUUGGCGAUGGUAGACGUGAAGAACGUGUACUACAAUUAUUACGAAUGUUAAAUCAUUAUUUGUGUAAACAAAAAGAAACCUCAAAACGUUUCUUACAUUACACGGUACCACGAGUGGUUGCUGUUUCACCUCAAAUACGUUUAGUUGAAGAUAAUCCAGCGUCUAUUUCAUUGUUGGAUAUCUUUAAAAAUGGUUGUGCUAAAUUGAACAUUGAUUAUUGUGCACCGAUUACCAUGUAUUAUGAGCGAUUGGCGAAUGCUCAACAGCGGGGCCAACAGGCGAGUCAUCCAAUGCUACGUGACAUUUUAAAAUCUGUACAAUCAAAUAUGGUACCAAAAACAAUGCUUAAAAAUUGGGCAUUACAAACAUUCCCGUCCGCUACAGAUUAUUGGACAUUUAGAAAAAUGUUCACUCUACAAUUAGCUCUCGCAUGUUUUGGUGAAUACGUUCUGCAUUUAACACGGUUAAAUCCUGACAUGAUGUAUCUCCAUCAAGAUAGUGGACUCAUCAACAUUUCCUAUUUCAAAUUCGAUGUGGACGAUCAUACGGGCGAAUUAGAUACGAAUCGUCCAGUACCGUUCCGCUUAACACCAAAUAUUAUUGAAUUUUUAACAUGCAUUGGUGUGAGUGGACCUUUAACAGCCAGUAUGAUUGCGGCAGCUCGUUGCUUGGUACAACCGAAUUUUAAAGUACAAUCAAUAUUGCGUGCAAUAUUAAAAGAUGAAAUGAUUGCCGGGCACAAGAAGAAAUUAAAUAUCGCUGCGGCAGCGGCAGCAGCUGCUGCGGCCGCCAAUGCAUCGUCAGGUGGUGUAAUGGAUAAUACAGUAACGGCAAAUCUUCAACAACAAGAAUCCGAUACGGAUCAUUUAAUAAAUAUGGUUAAUAAAGCUGUGAAUGUGAUUGCAAGUCGAUUGAAUGGCUUGGCGAAUUUUGAUGUUAAUGAUUCAAAGGUGAGCACAUUAGUGGUAUGUGCUAGCAGUGCUGAUAAUUUAUGUCGAAUGGAUCCAGCUUGGCAUCCGUGGCUAUAAAUGAAAAUAGCUACAAAGAGUAUUAAAAAGUGUGUAAUACAUAAUUAUGUGUGUUUUGAUGUGGUGUUUUAGAUACAGGGUGAUCAAGUAAGGAUAUCGUUACUCAAAACUGAUCAUAUUCUUUUUUUUACUUUU